AUGACAACUUCCAAGCCCAAGAUCCUUAUAGUCCUCACCUCUGCCGACAAGGUCCCUAAGACAGGGAAGCAGAUCGGAUGGUUUCUGCCGGAGCUUGCUCACCCAUUUCACGUUCUCAGCCCUGUAGCCGAAUUAGUCUACGCGACUCCAAAAGGCGGCGUGUCUCCACUUGAUCCUGUGUCGGCAGAGCUAUUCAAGGAUGAUCCCGUGUGUAACGACUUUCUUGAAAAUCACGAGUCAGUAUGGAAGAAGACUCUUAAGCUGAGCGACCUCGCUGGUCGUUCUUCGGAGUUCGACGCGAUCUUUUACCCCGGUGGCCAUGGCCCAAUGGUAGAUCUUGUCCACGAUCAACACUCGAAAGACCUCCUCCGGGACUUCCAUUCGCAAGACAAGGUCAUUUCAGCUGUGUGUCACGGACCAGCUGCAUUCGUCAAUGCGACAACCGCAUCGGGAGAGUUGAUCUUGAAGGGCAAGCAGGUCACUGGCUUUGAUGAAGUGGGUGAGGAAAUGUUCCAGUUCACGGAGGAUAUGGACUUUAGUCUUGAGAAGAAACUGGAUGAAGUCAGUGGUGGAAAGUAUGUCAAGGCUGCUGAAGGUCCUCUUGCAGAGAAGGUUGUUGUUGAUGGAAAAAUGAUCACGGGUCAGAAUCCAGCGUCGUCGAAGGGCGUUGCUGAGGAGAUCGCCAAGGCGCUUGGAGUAUAUUGA